GAGUCGCUCUCGCCGCAGCAGCUUCGCGACUGGGCUGUCCAUUGGGGCAGUCCCGGUGGUGGAGCUGGAGGUACUGGUUAUGGGGGUGCUGUUGCUACUGGAGCUGGAGGUUCUGGGGGUGCGACUACUCAGCCGCAGCAGUCUGCGCUUCGUCACCUUCUCAUUCUCCCGCCUGCUGCUACUGAGUUUCCGGUUGCUGGUACUACUCCUCCGUUGCUGUUCCCACCGACUGACCAGUCUCAGCCACAGCUACUGCUCGGCUCCCCACUGCCUGCUCCUGCUCCUCACACGGAGGUGACUGAGUUUUGCUCUGAGCGUCGUGAGCCUGAGACUCGUCCUUCCACACCUGUUCGCGGUCAUCGUGUUGUCCGUCCUCGUGCUCCAGCUGUGCCAGGCACUCACCGUAUGGCACUUCGUCCUUUCUCUGUUCCACAGCGUGUUGUCAAGCUGUCUCCUCCUGCGUCUUCUCUUCCUCACGUUCCUGACCCUGAGUCUGACCUUGUCAGUACUGCCAGUCCGACUGUCACUCGUCUCCUUGCCAUGGUUGUGACUGGCCCUUCCUUUGAGUCUGCUGCUGCGUCUGCCUUAGUUGCUGAGCCUGUUGACUUUGCUGCUUUGUGCCACCUUGACUACGCUGCGAGUCUUGUUUUUGACUCUUUCUGUCCUCCGUAUGUCGGGGGUCAGCUUGCCAUUGGCUGUGACGUUCUUGAGGACAGGCAGUUUGAGCUGGAGUGCCUAGCGGCCGCUGCACCUCAUCUCGCGUCCACGCUACUUUGCACUGAGGGAGACCCGGAUGCACUGGACAUCCCGACCCCACGCACUUACGCAAAGGCGAUCACGGGUCCGUACUCCUCUCAGUGGCAGAUAGCCAUGGACGCAGAGAUGGCUUCCUGGAAGUCCACAGGCACCUACGUCGGCAAGGUUCCCCCACCUGGGGCAAACAUAGUCGAUGGCAUGUGGAUUUUCAGGGUGAAGCGGCCGCCGGGUUCUCCGCCUGCCUUCAAGGCGCAUUACGUUGCACGAGACUUCAGUCAGCGUGAGGGGGUCGACUUCUUCCAGACCUUCUCCCCUACUGCACGUUGCCGCACAACGCGACUACAAGCUGCACUCCCUCGACUUCUCGACAGCCUUCCUGCGGGGCAGCCUUCACGAGGCUAUCUGGUUGCGCCGCCCACGUGGCUUCACUGGGUCGUUUCCCAAUGGAGUCUACGGCGACCAGUCUACGGCCUACGACAGGCGCCCCGUGAGUGGCACGACACACUGAGGACUACACUUGCGGCUCUUGGCUUCGCUCCCUCGACUGCUGACCCUUCGUUGUUUGUGUGCACACACACGUCUCUGCCGCCGUUCUAUGUUCUCGUGUACAUUGACGACUUGGUUUUUGCUACUGCUGACACUAAGGCUCUGGCCUUAGUGAAGGCGGAGCUGCAGGAGAGACACACCUGCACUGACCUGGGUGAGCUGCGGAGCUAUCUUGGCUUGCAGAUCACCCGGGACAGAGCACGCCGCACCAUCACCCUGACGCAGUCACACAUGGUGCAGCAGGUCCUUCAGCGCUUCAACUUCUCGUGGUCCUCGCCACAGCCCACUCCUCUGUCUACCGGCCACUCGAUCUCAGCUCCACCUUCGGACGAGUUUGUAGAGCCGAGUGGUCCGUACCCAGAGCUUGUGGUUUGCCUCAUGUACCUGAUGACGUGCAUACGACCUGACCUCACGUACCCUCUCAGCCUCCUGGCUCGCUACUACAUCGGGCAUGGGGCUCGUGCUUGGAAGAUGGGGUUCAGUUGUUCUCACCGGUCACUCAGACGCUUCUUGGGCUGA